AUGGUUGAACUACGUCGUUCAAUGGGAGGACGUGGUAAAAAAACUUCACCACCAUUCUUGUCCCAUGAGUUUAUUAUUCAAAAUCAUGGUGAUAUCAUGUCGUGCUUGUUGAUGAUCGUUGUCGUUGGGCUUCUUUUUCAGGGCACAUCGGCAUUCGCAAGCAUUUUCAUUGUUCCGCAGUACAAUGACACAUUUCCACUAACCCUGGACUCCGAACCGCAAACUUACUAUCAGACUGGUUUGAAAGAUGCAGCAGCUAUUCUGUUUUAUGCUGUCGGAUGGAUUACUAUUCACGCUAUUUUGCAAGAAUAUGUGUUAGACAAGUUGCAGCGGAAGCUUCAUUUGAGUAAAACGAAGAUGAAUAAAUUUGCUGAAUCGGGGCAACUAUUCGUUUUUACUCUCUACUCCGUUAUGCACAGUGGCUACAUAAUGCACGAUCUACGACUGCAUCUCGACCUUACUAAAUUGUGGAUUGGAUAUCCUGAAGUUCACCGUCAUAUGACACUGCAUUUAAAACUCUUUUUUAUUUUCCAGAUUGCUUACUGGUUGCAUCAGUUCCCGGAAUUCUAUUUCCAAAAAGUGCGUAAAGAUGAAAUACAGCCGCGAACCCUAUACUCGAUUAUUUUUCUUUUCUUCACCAUUGCAGCAUAUUCUUUAAACUUCAAUCGACUUACUCUGGCCCUCCUUUUUAUGGAGUAUGUUUCACAGAAUGUUUUCCAUCUUACACGCCUAUUUCACUUUGCUGAAAAAUGGAACAUUGCGAAGACUGGUUUCAAAAUUUGGAAUAUUGUAUUCGUGCUAGUACGAUUGGCAAGUGCAGUGUUAGCUGUACUUACAUUAUGGUAUGGGCUUCGUUCUAAUGAAACUCCCUAUAUAGAUUCGGUGAACGGAAAUUUCAACACCGCGUUCAUCCGAUUGAAUAGCUUGCUAUGCGUUCUGGCAUUACAGUUAUAUAUGCUAUGGAACUUUGUUUUAUUCCAUGUACGCCGUUACCGAGAGAAGCAUAGCAAGAUAAAGAUUGACAAGCAAUCUAAAAUUCAACAGAGGAGAAGGAAGCAUGUCAACGAUGAUGUGCGCGAUCUUCCAGAAGCUGACCAACAUUCUCGCAAGAAGUCCAAUUAA